CCCCACUUCCUUCUCUUCUUUUUUUUUCUUCUGUUGGGUACCGACUGUCCCGCGAGCCUCCUCCCUUCGUGAAACGUUCUCUUUUCUAUUUACGUGUUUUUGGCUCCCUGGUGACUCUUUCCUAAUUUUUUUUCCCUCUCACUCUUUAUUCUUUGCUGGUGGCCUCUUUUUCUUUCUCUGUUCUUUUUUCCCCUUCUGGUCAGACUUGGGUGGUUGAUCUCUUAUCAACUUGUUUACCCCCUCCUUCGAUCGAAACUUUUUUUUAUCGCUGCCCAUCUGCUCCACCCCCGAACUACCCAAAACUACGACCCAAAGUCCGCCUUCUCCCUUCUUUUUACCUCCUUCCCCCCCACUCGCCGGGUACCAGUCAGGCACGGCGACAGAUUCUAUAACAGGCACAAAGGCCCAAAGGGCCCAACUCUUUCCCCUAGGCCUGCAGCUGCAUCUUCUUCCCACCACUCAUCGCCCACCUGAGAAGACUUUUCCCUUCCUUUUGCCCCCUCGUUGGAGACUCGGACCCACGCCCGACGCUCCGCCGCCCGACCGUUCUCACGUCUAUCCGCCUAAUUUCCCACCCUUUUCAGAUGGAGACAUUGCGAUCUGGAAGAUACCACCUUGCACGCUCCGCUCGCUGACAGAUCCGGAUUACGCCCAGCUGCCUGCCAUCGCCCUUGCGAUCGGCAGGUCUGAUUUCCGUGGUUGCGAUUAUCUGAAACCGGGUUGGGCGACAAGAAAGAGAAGAGUGAGUGUGUGAGAGAGAGCGCGCGAAAGAGGGAAGACGGGGUGUACACAACGUCAGAUCAGUACCCCAAGAGAGGUCACAAAGGGAUUGCGAUACGGAUUCUAUACGAAGGAACAUUGAAACCCGAAAUCUACGCCAGUGCGAUCUAAGGUUGUUGCAUAUACCGCUCACGAACCAUCACCGGCUUGGCCCUGGGAAUUAAACAAGAAUUAUUAUACGUACCAAGUGGACCAGGCCAGGAACACCCGACAAAAAUACCUGCCCAACCCCAGCACUCCUACUGAAUCAUCCCUCGCGCAUCGAGAACCGGUCUGGUCGAAGGAGGGUCCUUCUGCUUUCCCUCGCCGUCCGUUCGUGCAGCAAGCCAUGCCUGCGGGCAGGGCUCAUCCUCAGCCGGCCUAUGUCGAAGACUUCGACGAGGUUGCACAUGGCGUCGUACCCGAUAGUCGGCACUCUGCCAAUACUACGGCCAACACGGCUGUCAAAAUCUCCUCCAGUCGUACCGCCGCCACAGCCAACAGCACCCAAUCUGGCCCGUCGGGCGGGAGAAGUCCCCCAGUGCCUAUUAAGCUGGACAUGCCCAAGCAACGCACCGAUCUAGCCAGAAAAAACUCCAGCCGCAGAGAACGCAAGGACAAGGAACGAGAACGCGUCCGGCCAGAGCACGUUGAGAAGCAGAUGGGUACUCAUCCCCACCAGCUCACUCACGUGCAACGGUCGUCGUCUAAACCUCGCCGUCGUGACUCUGCCCACAUUCCACACUACAACCCACCAGCAGCCGACCUUUACUACGAGGGGUCCCGCCCCUAUCACCUACAACCCUCUACCCCCGUCGAACGUUCCGCGAUGGAAUACCCACCUUACCACUUCAGCCGGCCGCCGAUGGCCGAGUACCCGCCGUCGUCGCCGCAGACGGCUCGCUAUCCAUGGGCCGUUGAGGAAUACCACCGUCCGGCCAGUCGGCCUACCCGCUCAAACUCCUUCCGUGCCCCCAUGUACCACCAGGAACGUCCCAUGAGUAUGCACGGUGGAAUGAUGGCUCCACCACCGCCACACAUGUAUCAUCAACAGCAACCACAGUACUAUGAUCAUGGCCCUCCACCCGCGUCGGCCUAUGUAUCUCAGUAUGCCUCGUCUCCAUACGGUGGUUCUUACUAUGGUGGCUCGGAGUAUGGUCCCCCAACGGACUAUCCACGGGAUCGAUCUCACUCUCGAACUCGGGAACGAUCUCAACAACCCCGGGCACAUCGCUCGUCUUCCAUUUAUGGUGGGCAACCGCCCAUGGACCACAACGUCUUCCCAGACUGGAUGGACGAGCCGGAGCCCUAUGAUCAAUGGGCGCCCGAAGAAGCUCAUCGAGAGAUGCCUCGCGCAUACCGCCGGGAAAGAGAAACUCCGCGUGAGUAUCAUCGCGAGAGAGAUGUCCCUCGUGAAUACCAUCGGGACGUUCCGCACGAGGUACCUCGUGGUCGUGCUCCAAAGCCGCCUCGGGAUGAGGACUUUUACAAGAUGCCUCCACCGCCUCUACCAAAGCCUCAGAAGCCCAAGGCCCAGGUUCAUCAAACGAAACGACCCGAACGACCCGAACUACCACGCAAAGCCCAUACCAGUCAAGCCGUUCCAGCACCGCGUCGGCAAUCCCGCGCGUCGAUGGACAUGAGUGACAUAGCUGCUGCAUUGCCAGAUUUUGGUCGACGCGUGUCCCGCGAAGACAGGCUGCCCGACCGGACCCGGAGCCUCCGCGAAAGCAAGCGGUCGAAUUCCUAUCACGACCCCCGCCGCGGCGCCCAGGUCGCCGUCGAGAGCUCCCGUCGUUGCCGUCCAACUGAUUAUUACUAUGACGUCGAGGACGACGACGAGGACGAAGACGACGACCUCGGCAGCACCGGCACGGCAGGUGGCCUGGAAGACCGCGAACGCGACCGCCUGGGCGAAGCCGAACGCUACCAAGCACUACAGUCCGGCCGGACGACUACCAUGCCUGCCUCCGCCGAGGCGCUCCUCACCAAGAAAGCCGUCGGUGCCGGCAGUGACAAUGGUAGUCAAAAGAGCCGGUCGAACAGCAGCCGUGGUAGCGGCAGCGGCAACGGCGAGGGCAAGAAUAUGAAUCUCAUGGUAAACGGACUAACCAUCGGUUUCACGGAAGAGUCCGUCGCCGGCAAGAACAUUAGUAUUCGUGCUGGUGAUACUGGCCGCGUGCAAUUGUCUAUUGCUGGCGAUCGCGCGCCCAAGCAGUAUCAUGCGAGCGGCUCUUCGUAUUCCGAUCAGACGGGUCGUUCUGCCCGGCGAGAACUGGAAGAGGCGCCGCGACGCCCGCGUGAUGAUCUUCGUUCCGAACGUGCAAGUCGUCGCUCGAGUCAAUCGACUUAUGGCGGUAACCGUCGGUAUGCGAGGUAAAUCGUGUGAGCUGUAGCGCGCAACUUCCAUACUCUGGGUCUUUACGUCUCUGGUUUAUCGUUUCAUGAUGAGAUUACGUUCUCUCGCUGUCUCCUGGUGGUCGCUUCGCAGCGCUUGGUCAGGGUUAUGUCAAAAGUUGGAUUUUGGAUUUUGGAUUUUCGGAUUUGGACUGGGAUCGGCACUUAUGAUUAUGUUUGUUUUUUUUUUUUUUUAUUUUCAUUUUCUUUUUCUUUCCCCUAUAUCUUGGUUUUUGUUCUUCCUUGGUACUCAUGAUAUUUCACGGGACGGUCUACAAAAAGUGGUUCGAGCAAAGCGUUCGGGUUGAUGCUCUCGCUUCCCUCGCGGGUCAAACCGAAAGCACAAAAGGCGAGAUCUCGAGGCUCGCCAACCCGUCUGAUCGGACCGGGUGGAUUCUCUGGUUUCAUUUUGUUUGCGUUUACGUUUGCUAUCUGUUGCGUGGGAGUGGGAGUGUCAGAUGUGUGGUUGGGAGAACUGUCCGUUGGAUGUGUUUGGGAUGGACUGGACGGGCCUGGACCGGAUCGGCCGGACUGCACCAUCUUGGCUGACCAAUUGCCUGUCUAUCCUUGGAUCUGAUCUUGAUUUGGAUCUUGAUGGGGAUCUGGAUGGACGGGUAGCUGGAUAGCUGAUGGGCGGAACUGGACUGGACUGGAUCAGACUGGACCGUGUCCGCAACAACCGGAAUGAUGGACAUGAACCCUACUGCGCAGAUCUGACACCCGCCGCCUCCGUUACGGUGAUAUGAUUGUACGAUUCUGAUGACCUGCGAUGACAAGUUCGAUUCCUGUGAUUGAUGCUUUGCUUUGCGUUGCCUUGAUGAUGGAUGCAAGCCAUUUGCCAGCGUUGAUGUAUAUCCUUCUUCCCUUAUUUACCUACCUUUUUCAUGUUCCCUUUCAUAUAUUUCCCAUAUAUGAUUCUGAUUUUGAUUAUGAUUUUUCUCCCUUACGCGCUCUAUAUCGACUACCCCAUUUACCCCAUUCUGUGCUACGUCUACGUCUACGUCUACGUGUACGUGUUGAUGUCAAUUGUCUUCUUCUAGUGGGGUUUUCUCUUUCUUGCCUCUUGCCUCUUGCCUAUUUGUGAUAUGUGCUGAGUUUGAGGAGUGAGUUUAUAUACCCCCCAUAUUCGCCGUUUGGUUUUUAGGUAGCUUUAGCGGUUGCUUAUGAUUUUGUUUACUUGUCAUACCAUGUUACAACACCAGGUCAUCUUACUGCAAUGCCUUUGAAGUUUCCUACUGGAUGAACAUCCUUUGCGGUAAAUACAUUGGGAUUGCUUCUAUUUAUCUUUUUAUUGAGGUCACACCACCCGAUUCUCCGGCCCGGGUCUCAAUCUGUCGCAAGCGGGGAGCGAGUUCACUAUUGACAAUGAACCUUGGACACCUCUACCUUGCAUAACUCUAGAACGAAGCUUUGUUCUGCUCCAAGAACUCCUUCCAGGUGGUGGGUCUGUACCCAGCCUUUUCAAGUAGCUCAAGACUGCCCUUCAAACUCCGACCCGCAUAGUAACCAGGACUCUCGAUGAACAGAUGAUUCUCCAACAUCUCCUCACCCAUGGGCCCAGGAAUAAACCCCUUGUAAGUCUCAGAGUCCACCCGCACAAACCGAGUCCUCUGCCCAGUAACCUCCUCGAACUCGGCAAGAAUCCGAGUGGGAGUGUAGUAAUCCGCCGCAGCAAAGAUUUGGG